AGGUGAUUUUUUGCUUUGUCGUGAAGAUCGUUCUGAUAGUCAUGAACCGGCGAACCGAUCAAAUUAUUGAUGUACCACAAAAGCCUGGUUCCUCCUCCCUGGCUCGCAAUGCUGCAUGGCAACGCACCGGCGCCGGUGACGAUAUACAUAGCAGCCGACGCCGCGGAUGUUCAGGCAACCGUGCAUACGGAAAAAUGGCUUGUUUCUCGAGUAAAAGCAUACAGUAUCACAUUGUUGUUUUUGCUAUUUCUCGAGCAUCAAGAAAUACCAACUUCUAAUCGCCGGGCAUAUCUUAUGGCGCGGCCAUUGCCGACGCUUGACGCUGCGUUUUCCACUGACACUCUUACCGCCACCGAGCUCAGCAGCACCCGGCCGCGAAUGCGAUGGUCGUGCCGCCCGGCGUGGCCUACAACGCGGCCAUCUCCCGCUGCUCCCGCGCGGGCCUGCACCAGCGCGCGCUGGCCCUGUUCCACGAGAUGCGCGCCGCCAGGGGCCUCCCCGCCGACGAGUACACCUUCCCUCCCAUCCUCAACUCCGCCGCGCUGCUCCGCGUCCCCGCCGCCGCCGACGCGCUCCACGCGCUCCUCCUGCGCGCGGGCCUCGUCGCCCACCUCCACGUGGCCAACGCCCUCGUCGACGCCUACGCCAAGCUGUCCCGCGGGGGCGCCGCGCGGGCCUUGUUCGACGAAAUGCCGCGCCGGGACGUGGUCACCUGGACCUCCCUCCUCACGGGGCUCGCGCGCUCCGGAUCCCACGACGCCGCCCUGCGGGUCUACCGCGACAUGGUCGCCUCCGGGGUCGAGCCGGACGAGUACGUCGUCGCGGCGGCGCUGAGCUCGUGCGCCGGGUCCACCACGCUGGAGCUGGGGCAGUCGGUGCACGCCACGGCCGUCCGGCUCGGCCUCGAGCCGUUCCUCUCCGUCGGGAACUCGCUGGUGUCCAUGUACGCCAAGACAGGCUCGCUUCGUGAGGCGCGGAAGGUCUUCGAUGCGACGCGGCUCCGGUGCCCCGUGACAUGGACGGCGCUGAUCGUCGGGUAUGCGCAGAACGGUCGGGGCGAGGAGUCGCUGCAAGUCUACGCCGAGAUGGUACAUUCGGGAUGCCGGCCGGACUAUGUCACCUUCAUCGGCCUGCUGUUCGCGUGCAGCCACGCCGGUCUGGUCGAUGCCGGCCGGGCUCACUUCAAGUCCAUGCAGGCCGACCAUGGCAUCACCCCUGGGCCGGACCACUACGCGUGCAUGGUGGACGUGCUAGGCCGAGCCGGGCGGCUCGACGAGGCCAUGGAAUUGCUGGACCAGAGCACGAUGAAGCUGGACGCCACGGUCUGGAAGGCGCUGCUGGGCGCGUGCCGGACGCACCGGAACGCGGAGCUCGCUGAACGGGCGGCCGAGAUGGUGUGGCGGCUGGAUCCGACGGACGCCGUGCCAUACAUCAUGCUGUCGAACCUCUACUCGCGCGAAAGAAGAUGGAGCGACGUGGCGAGGAUUCGCACGCUGAUGAAGUCGAGGGGCAUCGCCAAGGAGCCCGGGUGCAGCUGGGUUGUGGCGAGCGGCGUGACGCACCUGUUCUACGUGGAGGACCGGGGGCACCCGCGGACGGACGAGAUUUACAGGAAGGUGGAGGAGAUGAUGGAGAAAGUCCGAGCCGAAGGGUUCGUGGCGGACACCGACUGGGCGCUGCAGGACGAGGCGCCGGAGGGGAGGGAGAAGGGCCUGGCGCACCACAGCGAGAGGCUCGCCGUGGCCUUCGGGCUGCUCGCCCUGCCGGCCGGCGCGCCGGUGCGCGUGUUCAAGAACCUCCGGGUCUGUGGCGACUGCCAUGUCGCGAUCAAGAUGGUCGCCAAGGUGUACGGCAGGGAGAUCAUACUGAGAGACUCCAACUGCUUCCAUCACAUGAGGGAUGGCGUCUGUUCAUGCGGCGACUACUGGUAGAAGGCCUGCACGUAAAAUCCUUUCCUGUCUUAUUUUUUGAUAGAUCAGCGUAGGCGGUAGGCGUGUGUAUAGAGUGAGGGAAUAGGUAUUUCAGCUGGACGAGAACAGCAAGAAGACUCUUUUUCCUCUGAAAAUUGCUUGCAUUUCUAGUACUCCCUCCUUCCCGAAUUUGACGUGGAUUUUGUAUAGAAUUUUAUACAAAUCCACGUCAAUUAAUUCGGGACGGAGGGAGUAUAUUAGAUUGCAUCAAUGAUGCCAGUGAUGUACAAUGCGUGUGCUACUUCGCUAUGAAUGGCACUUUUACUA